AUGCCGCUGCUACCACCCGAACCGUCUGCAUUCCUGCGGCUUCCAACAGAGGUCCGCAUGAUGAUCUACGAGCGCUUACCAAUUGACGUCAAGGAGCAUAAGCUACUCAAAUCUAGCCUGUUUGCCCAAAAUCCCUUCUUGGCCACAUAUCGACACGUGUACGACGAGGCCGAAGACAUCAUCUGUCCCUGUCUGCUCAAGAAUCUCCCGCUGGAGAGUGGAUAUCAGUUGCUCAUCUCGGUUGCUCAAAAUUGGAUGCGAAGAGGCACCGGUUCGAGCUACACCCCCUGGCAAUUCGACGUUGCUGCAGAAGUCUCCGAGAAUGAGGUUCGCCUGAAGCAUAUACCGAACAACAUACCGCUCCGGCAACUUCUCGCCUGCGUCAAUCAGCCUGAAUAUCCUCCUCUCAAAGGCCUAAAUUAUGAAUUCCGUAUGAUUUUCGGGAAUCUAGAACUAGAAGAGAGGGUACUGAGCAAAGCCACAAAGUUUCGAAUCAACUUGUGCCUGUCUUCAUACCCACACACUAUCGAUAAGCUCCACCUCAGUAAAGAAGUGGAGUGCGGCGAGUUUGGAGAUGAUUGGUCUGCACUACAGUGCUAUCGAGGUUCCUCUUACUGA